UGUAUUCUACUCGCCUUCUCUUUCUUUCUCCCUCCUCUCUCUCUCUCUCUCUGUGUAAAAAAAUCUUUGUUGCAGUAAGCCCUAAUUGAUCGCCAUGGGAGAGUCAAAUGCUAAUCGUCGAAUUUCCGUUUAUCAAGCUCUCGGUGGUGGUUCAGUUGCUGAUGUGCUGUUGUGGAAGAGAUGGGGUCGAGCGUUGUUGACUCUUGGCUCUGCAACAACUCUUUGGUUCCUCUUCGAGCGAGCUGGUUACAAUCUCUUGUCUUUUGUGGCCAAUGUUCUGUUACUGCUUGUUGUAAUACUCUUCGUCUGGGGUAAAUCCGCUACAUUACUCAACAGACCCUUGCCGCCCAUUCCUAACCUGGAGAUUUCUGAAGAUACUGUUGCCAAGGCUUCUGCCGUGACCCGAGUAUAUAUCAAUUAUGGAUUGUCAAUCGCACAUGAUAUUGCAAUCGAAAGAAAUUUGAAAAUUUUCCUCCAGGUUGCCAUAUGUUUAUGGUUGGGAUCUUAUAUUGGUAGUCUAUGCAACUUCCUCACUCUGGUCUACAUUGGGGUUCUUAUUUCCUUUUCACUACCGGUGUUGUAUGACAAGUACCAGGACUGGAUUGAUGAAAAGCUUUGCAUCGUACAGAGAUACAUUCAAGCACAGUACAGGAAAAUUGAUGAUACAAUACUAAAGAAGCUUCCAUUGCCAUCAAACAAGGAAAAGAAGACUCAGUAGUUAGUAGGAUUCCAGGUAUUGAUCUGUGUGUGUUCAAUGGCGUGGAGAGUAGUUUCUUGCCUUGGGAAGUUUUUUCAGGUUUCUACUUUCCGGAUGCUCUAAGUAUUAUCAUGAAAUGCCAGUUAUAGCCUAAUUAUCCUUAAGGAUUACGUACAGGAUUGACCCCAAUAGCUUCUACACGCCUGACUGACAGUAUCAAGUUUCAUUGUUUCAUUUCCUAUUUUCCCCGUGAGGCAUCCGAAUUACAACUUGAUUAGCCUUUGAGUUUAUGCUUGAAAUUUUUGCUCAUUGAUGAAAUUCAUUAUUGGAGGGAAGA